AUCUCCAGCUUCCCUUCCACCUCUUCCUGCCUUUUCUCACUCUCUGCCUUCUCCGACACUCUCUCGCUCUCUCUAUAUGUGACGCCCCACCAUCAUGGCCAAAUGCUCCCAACCAGCCGGCUUCCGCCUCUGGCCCUCCUCCUUCUCUCCUGCCCUACUCCCCCGCCGCCUUCUCGAGGCCGUUACAUGCGGCGCCUCCCGCGCCAGGGAGGACCACAAUGGAUCGCUCGCCCUCCGCCCCUUUCCCGGUAGGCCAGGCCGCCUCAUCGAGCUGCUUCAGGAGGAUGCCUCCGAGUCGAGCUCAGAUGAGGCUGCUGACGCCGAGGCGCAGCUCAAGAUCGAAGCUUUCGAGGAGCUUCAGGGCGUGGUGGCCCGGCUACAGCUAGACGGAAGAAAUGCCGGCGGAGAUGGGAGGGGUGAGGCAGCGGCGGAGGCGCGGAGGCUCGCGAAGGAUGAACCUGAGGCCAGGGAGACGCUCGCGAUGCUGGGGGUCAUUCCGCCUCUGGUCGCGUUGCUCGACUCCGACGAUUCCAACGCGCUAAUCGAUGCCCUCUACGCUCUUCUCAAUCUCGGCAUCGGAAACGAGCUGAACAAGGCGGCGAUCGUGAAGGCAGGGGCUGUUCACAAGAUGCUAAGCUUGAUCGAUUCUGGUUCCUCCCAGGCGGUCUCCGAAGCAAUCGUCGCCAAUUUUCUCGGCCUCAGCGCGUUGGAUUCGAACAAACCUUUGAUUGGUGCCUUAGGUGCGAUCCCGUUCUUGAUAUCCGCAGUCCGAAGCCGCGACAGCAGCUCGACGGCGAAGCAAGAUUCGCUCCGAGCCUUGUUCAACCUCUCCCUUGCCUCCGCCAACCUACCAUUCCUCAUCGACGACGGUCUCGUCCCCGCUCUCCUCGAUUCGGUCUGCGACAUGGAAGUAAGCGAGCGCGCCCUCGCAGUGCUCUCCAACCUCGUGUUCUCCGGUGAGGGGAGGCGAGCCGUGGCCCACUGCAACGAUGCGUUUGCGGUCCUCGUCGACGUCCUCUGGUGGAGCGACGCCGCCGCGUGCCAGGAAAAGGCUGCCUACGUGCUCAUGGUCAUGGCGCACAAAGGGCAUGUGAGCAGGGCCGCCAUGAUAGGUGCCGGAGCCAUAUCCGCCCUCCUGGAGCUCACCCUCUUGGGCACCCCGCUCGCGCAGAAACGCGCAUCGCGGCUGCUGGAGAUCCUGACCGCCCACAAAGGGAAGGGGGCGUUGGAAGAAGUCAGCAGCUCCUGCAUCUCGUCGGUGUCGGCGCCGCAGUGCGCGGCUGUCUCGGCCCACCUGGACACCGACGAGGGAAUGAGCGAGGAGAAAAAAGCGGUCAAGGUCUUGGUGCAGCAGAGUCUGCAGAGCAACAUGCGAAUGAUCGUGCGAAGGGCGAAUCUUCCACAAGAUUUCGCGCCGUCCGACCGUCUCCUCGCGCUCACCGCCAACUGCACCUCCAAAAGCUUGCCAUUUUAGGAAGAAGAAGAAGACGGGAAGAAGAAGAAGAACCAAAAGACUCCAUCUUUCUGCCCCUCCUUCGUGGAUUGGAAUAUUGUAAAGCUAAAAUUUCAGCCAUUUCCCUGUUUGCUUCUUUAGUUUGCGUCUCGCCCGAGGAGAAAAUAAACAUCAAUGUAAAUCGCAGUAUAUGAAAAAGUGGCCUGUUCAAAGCUCAGAUCCUUCUUCGCCGUGCAAUAAUUGAACGAAUUCGAUUAUUGUUGUUUUUAGAUGUUGGAGCCAUAGAUUUAGAUAGAGUCCAUGUGAGAAUUGGAUGCUUCUAAUUAAAUAAUCUGCUGCUGAGCUGCAGGGAUCUAUAGUUCUGUAUUCUUAUCGGUGUUGUUAGCGAUAAAAAAUGGUCCGACAGCCAUCUAUCA